AUGAAGAGUGGAAAGCCAGCAAGUGGGACAUUUGGCGGACGACGAGUGGUGGGGAGUGGCGCGCGCGAAGGGCAAGACCCGGCCCCAGGGGCAUCUGUGAUUGAUCAGAUGCACGAGGCCCAGCCCGAAAAGGACAGCGUGCGCAGUCGAGGCCAGGCCAGAAUGGAAUGCAACGACAGCUAUCCCGCACAAUGUGGAUCUCCGGCUGAGCCACAAGCUCGGGUCCGGGCUUUGCGCAUCCUCUUUGAAGACGGAGGAUCAGAGCCACUCCGGGGCCACUCCGGGGCCCUUUCAUUGCGUCGAGUCCCCGAGGGUUUGGGGCUGGAGGCAGCUGAGGGUUGCGGAAUUGCUUCUGGUCGUGAACCUCUGGGCCCAAUAUGGGGAGGGGGAAGUAUUGAGAGGAUUUGUACAUUUUUACAGUUUUACACUUUGCUCCGGCCAUUUGACUUUGGGGCUUUCUCGCCCACUUCUGCCUCUGCUGCUGCUGCUUCCGGUGGCUGGUGCUUGACCGCCGUCCCGGGAACUGGGAAUUGGAGCUUCGGAUCGACGGGCCAGCAGAUCCUCGUCCACUCUUCGUCCGCCCUUCCCAACUCCACCUCCCUCCAUCUCUCCAUCUCUCCAUAA